ACAAACACGCAUGCGCAGUGUGUGCUGACCUCUAGCUUUGGCAGCAUGGCGGUUCGUACGCUUUUAAAAGGUGUUCGUCGGUUCCGACCCACGCUGAGUGGACAGCACUAUGUUACUGCAGCGUCCAUCGAACCCGCUCGGACCCAAACAGACGAUGCUAGCGACAAGCUCUUCAAGCUGCCGCUGCAGAAACCGGAUUUUUUCCGGGUGUCGGAACUCUUCUCCCUGAAAAAUCUGUUCGAUGCCAGAGUCCAUCUGGGUCACAAAAACACCUGCAGGCACAGGCUGAUGGAACCGUACGUGUACGGCAGCCGUUUGGGCCAUGACAUCAUAGAUCUGGAUCAAACUGUGGAGCACCUUCAGCUGGCUCUGAACUUCACGGCCCAAAUUGCUUAUCGUGGAGGUAUCAUACUCUUCAUCAACCGCCAACGUCACUUUUGCCACCUCGUGGAGACAACUGCCAAGGACUGCGGGGAGUACGCUCACACGCGGUUCUGGCAGGGGGGUCUCCUGACCAAUGCCAACGUCAUGUUAGGCCAAGGGGUCCGCCUGCCUGACCUCAUCAUCUUCCUGUCCACUCUUAACAACGUCUUCCAGCAGCACGUGGCUAUCAAAGAAGCAGCCAAGAUGAACAUCCCCAUAGUCGGCGUGGUGGACACCAACUGCAACCCCAGCCUGGUGACGUACCCUGUGCCGGGGAACGAUGACACUCCCGUCGCAAUGGAGUUGUACUGUCGCUUGUUCAAGAUGACCAUCAACCGCGCCAAAGACAAAAGGAAACAGAUGGAGCUCAUUCACAGCUUGAUGGCUCCGUGUGAGUCCUGAUGAGCUGGAAUGUGUUCUUUAAAAACCUGAAACUCUCGCAUCACAUCGUCCUCCAUCCUCUGUCAGAACCAUCUCACCUGGAUUUAAAGCGUUAUUUUCAAAGACACCUUAGAGUUCAUGUUUCUCUAAAUAAAAUGAUGGGUGGAAA